GCCGGCUUCCCCCCGAGCUUUCCUCAGCGUCCCUCAGGACCCGGACAGGACCGGACCGGGCCGCCGCCGCCAUGGACAACUCCGGGAAGGAGGCGGAGGCGCUGGCCCUGUUGGCCGAGGCGGAUCGCAAAGUGAAGAACUCGCAGUCCUUCUUCUCCGGCCUCUUCGGGGGUUCGUCCAAGAUGGAGGAAGCGUGCGAGACCUACGCCAGAGCGGCCAACAUGUUCAAGAUGGCCAAGAACUGGAGCGCGGCCGGCAACGCCUUCUGCCAGGCCGCCCAGCUGCACCUCCAGCUGCAGAGCAAGCACGACGCGGCCACCAGCUUCGUGGACGCCGGAAACGCCUUCAAGAAAGCCGACCCCCAAGAAGCCAUCAACUGUCUGAUGAGAGCCAUCGAAAUCUACACAGACAUGGGCCGCUUCACCAUUGCUGCUAAGCACCACAUAUCCAUAGCGGAGAUCUACGAGGCCGAGCUGGUGGACAUCGACAAGGCCAUUGCCCACUACGAGCAGUCAGCAGACUACUACAAAGGGGAAGAGUCCAACAGCUCUGCCAACAAGUGUUUGCUCAAAGUGGCCGGCUACGCCGCCCAGCUGGAGCAGUACCAGAAGGCCAUUGAGAUCUACGAGCAGGUGGGCACCAACGCGAUGGACAGCCCCCUCCUCAAGUACAGCGCCAAGGAGUACUUCUUCAAGGCCGCGCUCUGCCACUUCUGCAUCGACAUGCUGAACGCCAAGCUGGCCAUCCAGAAAUACGAGGAGCUGUUCCCAGCCUUCUCCGACUCCAGGGAGUGCAAACUGGUGAAGAAACUGCUCGACGCCCACGAAGAGCAGAACGUCGACAGCUACACCGAUUCGGUGAAAGAGUACGACUCGAUUUCGCGGCUGGACCAGUGGCUGACCACCAUGCUUCUGCGGAUCAAGAAGACCAUCCAGGGCGAGGAGGAGGACCUGCGUUAGCCCCCCGCCACCUCCCCCCCUCCCCCGGGUGCUGCACCCUCUCGGUUUCGCCAGGCCGGCCACGGGGUGCCCGGCUCAUGCUCCCCGGGGGGUGGAGGG